AUGAUUUCAUCCGAGGACCCUAUUAACCCGCCGCGUGAACUUUCGCCCCUCGCGCAGAGAAAACCAAAGUACUCAGCAACCCGCAGGCUCCUGCUCAAGAGCAAGCUACUGAAGAGGGCUGAGGUAUUGCUGGAGGAGGAGCACAAAGCCAAGAUCACAGAGAGAGAGACAGCGUUAAAGAAGAAUGCACCACCCCUCAGUCUCUCCGGUCUGUCUCUCCAGGAGCUACAGGAGGUCUGUAAGGAUUUGCACCGAAAGAUUGACAUAGUGGAUGAAGAGCGCUACGAUAUUCAGGUGAAGGUGGCCAAGAAUGAGAAAGAGAUCCAGUCUCUGAGUCAGAAGAUCUCAGAGCUGAAGAGCUACAAGAAGCCAAACCUGAAGAAAGUCAAGAGGUCUGGAGAUGUGUUAGGAGGUCUGGCUGAAGCCAAGCUAUCAGCCAAGGCGGACUUUAAAGCCAACCUGAAGACAGUGAAGAAAGAAGAGGAGAAGAAAGAAGAGGUGACAGACUGGCGUAAGAAUGUGGAGGCCCUGUCUGGAAUGGAGGGAAGGAAAAAGAAGUUUAGUGCUCAACAGUAAACUGUUUACAUAUUUGAUUUAGAUAAUGGAACCGCUUUAUUUUAGCUGCUUUUGUGAGGCCCACAGCUGUCUGCUAAUUUCAAUAUUACUACCUUGAUACUGUGAUAUUUUGUGCCAUGGGUAUGUGUGAUUAAACAUGAAAGACUGAAGUACACGCAUGGAAAUUUAUCCUUUUGUAAAUUUAAACGUGUUGUGUUAUGCAAACAGUUUUAUUGGUUAAUGCUAUCUAAGUAAAAAUGUGAAUUGUCUUGGUUGCUAUUUAUGUAUGCAGUACUUUAACAGUAACAAUUGUUUAAUUGUCACUUUCUCCAUUAAAUUGCUUCUGAAAAGAACCAUGUUAAAUUGACA